CAAACGAUCUGAAGCAGAAGGGAAGACGGUUUUUAACGAUCUUUAACCCUUUUUGCCGUAACUCUCUCGUAGACUAAACACGUAAGAAGAAAGAUUGUUUACAUACACUCCGUUUCUAGUGCGUUUAUUUAAUUGUUUGUUUGAUUUCUUUUGGCGUUGAGUUGAUCCAAAAUGUCCCAACAAAAUUAAAGCCAAGUGGCGUCGGUAUAAAAUCGGAUCGCGGAUGUAGUACGUCAGCGUAAUGAUACGUGGCAGGGUAUUUGAAUUUUGACAUUCGCGGAUAGGACAAUACAACGCUUUCUUUGCUAAAACCCUUUUCGGUGGCUUCCCUUUUCAAAUAGUGACGCCCUAGAGUUCGAAGUGUGCAGACGUAAAACGAUCGGUUUUUGGGUGGUUUUGUUUUUUUUUGUGACGAAGAAAAAAAAGCAAGUAACAAAACCAUGGCAGGAAGUACUUUAAUAGUUGAUUUCUCGAAGGUACCGUCAAAGUUUGCCAUCGCCGAGAUGAUGUGCUUCGUCACGAACAAUCUGCAGCUGAAGAAGGAUCACAUGAAGCGCGUCCAUUAUCGGCCAUCGAGCCGUACCGUCUGCAUUGAUGUGAAGGACCAAAGGCGUGCCUUUCAUGUGUUGGCCGGAAACGAUGGGAUAAAGCAUACGGUCACGUUUUGCGGCAAGAAGUACAACAUACCGAUCGCCAUGGACGAUGGUUCGAUCGUCGUGCAGCUGCACGAUGUGCCGUCCUCGGUUACGAAUGAGCAGGUGUACGAAGCGUUGGGACAGUACGGCACGGUGAUCACCAUGGGUGAGGGUAGAUGGGCCGAUAAGACCGCAUUCGCCUCACUGCUGAACGGUUACCGGUUUGUGCAGAUAAUAGUGACCACUCCCAUACCGCAGUAUGUGGAAAUUGCCGGCCAAAGAACGUUGGCCAGCUAUCGGGGCCAAGCGGUUGGACGGGCUGGCCGCAAUCUAGCGGAACAUAACGAACAUCAGGUACCGGAUGCGCAAGAGCUGGUGUUUUAUCGUACGUCCGGAAAUAGGACCGCUAACGCUGCAAAUCGUGUGAACGUAUCGAGCGCUUCUACCGACGGAAGCGUCCACUCGUCUUCAACACCGAGAAUCGGACCGAGCGCUUCUACCGACAGAGGCUCCCAACCCUCUUCAACACCGAGAAUCGGACCGAGCGCUUCUACCGACAGAGGCUCUCAGCCCUCUUCAACACCGACCGUCAGCGGUUUAUCGCCAGGAAAUGCUUUCACUGGUGGGCGUAAUACUAUUACACCCCGGCCACAAAUUGUUAAAAGACAACCAACAACAGAUUCCGAACAACCGAUUCCGACUGGCAGCAAGCUGCCAAAGCAGCGACGCAGCCAAAAUUAACCAUAUAAUGAAGGUGAGAAGAUAGCGCUUCUAGCAUGUUUAUAUUUAAUUUAUAUUAAUUAAUUAACUAUUAAUUAGCUAUAAACUAACUAUAAAAAUUUAUUUAUAGUUAACUAUAUUAAAUAUAUAAAAAAAUUAUAGUUAACUAUAUUAACUAUAAAAAAUUUAUAGUUAAUUUAUAUUUUCUUCUAAUAUAACUAAAAUAUUCUUUUUUUCUUUUCUUCAUUUCAGUUUUUCCGUUUUAUUAUCUAUAUGUCAGAACAACAGUCGUGGAAGCCUUCAAACAAUGACAUCUAAUAGCGAACGUAAUUCGGCGUAACAGUAAGAGCGCAUCAAUGAUGAUUUUAUAAAGAAAAAGGAGGAAAAAAGCCUUCCGGGUUAUCUAAACAAAAAAAAAAACACCAACGUCAGGUAAAAUUCCUAAACCCUACAACAGG